CGCGACGGCCGUCAAGCGAGCGCGGCAGUCGUCUCCGUUGUCAGCCCGCGAAGGUCGCCCAAACAAGCCGUCCCGUUCCCGCUGCCGCACGCAUAACGUACGAUCUCCAUCAGCGGCCGCAACGUCUGUACCCGGUGCGCGAAAAGUGAAAGGGGUGUCAUUUCUCGCCUCACGCGUCUCCUGCAACGUCUUCCGACGUCCUGCCGGCGUCCCCGGUCCCGCUGGAGCUCCCGGAAGGAACAUGUGCGGCUCCUCUAUCGGCUGAGCGCAGUGUCAGGGUUCCCCGGUUCCGCUGCACCACUUUUGCGAGCGUGUGUGCGUGUUUUUUCGCUUACGCUUAGAUAGUUGACAUUGGUCGCGUGGUGCGAGUGGCGGUUCUUGGUUCUCGAGAGGCGCUCGGCGUGUUGUUCGUUCGCGGCGAUUAUGAAUCAUGCGGCUGUAAGGUGAAGAGCCAUGCAGAAGAUGGAUUCUAGAAUUGGACUCGACUUCAUUGUCGAGAAUCCAGAGUACAUAAGGAAAUUGGCAGCUGCCUUGGACACCACUAACGUAACUGUCAAGAAGCAGGUUUUCGAGUUACUGUCAGCCCUCUGUGUCCAUAACGCUGAAGGUCACGCAAGAGCCUUAGAUACUUUAGAAGAUUAUAAGAAAAUGAAAGGCGAGAGAUAUAGACUGAGUAUGAUAGUUAAAGAACUGGACAGGUCUACUAUAGUGGAAUAUCAGACAGCUUUAGUUGCUUUCAUAAAUUGCCUGAUCAUUUCAACACCACGCCUCACAGACAGAACUAGACUGAGGAACGAAUUUAUUGGAUGUCAUCUACUUCCUGUGCUGAACAAUCUGAGGAAAUGUGCUGAAGCUGAACCGGAACUAGCUGUUCAACUGGACGUGUUCGACGAACAGCGUGACAGCGACGAUGCGCAAACAGCCCAACAAGGACCUCAUGGAGUGGAUCUCAACUCUCCUCUGGAUGUGUUCUACGCUAUACUCAAGCAGGUGGCAGAAACACCACAAGAAAUACCAUUCCUCAGCAUCCUCCAACACCUGCUACGUAUAGAUCCAAAGGAGGCCAUCAGCGACAUCAUCUGGGAUUCUGCAGAGCGUCUGGUGCAUCGAGCAACCCUACUAGAGAACAGGGAAGACGCAGCCAGGUUGCUCAGAGCUCCCAGCGUGCAGAACCGGCUCUAUUGCCAUUGCCAACAGAGAUCGCCGGACGGAAGUAUCAGUCGUAGACAAUCCCUGUCUACGCCACUGAGUCCUACCUCCGCCGGACCCAUACCUCCACCCCCACCGCUGAACAAUGCUUCGUUACCUCCCCCUCCACCACCCCCACCAAACAUUCCACAACCCCCGACGAUACCCCCGCCAGCGCCCGUUCCACCCCCCUCACCGCAUAGGCUUCAACCUCGUCCUCCAGUUAUGAGGACGGAACCAGAGACUGUGAUAGAAAAGUUACCGCAACAAGAGAUACCAGCGCCAAAAAUCAAGAUGAAGACCAUCAACUGGAAUAAGAUACCCAGUAAUAAGGUGGUAGGAAAAAACAACGUGUGGACUCAGGUAGCUUACUCCCACCAGCAUUCCCCGAUGGCAGAUAUGGACUGGUCCGAAAUGGAAGGGCUGUUCUGUCUGCAAGCUCCCCCUUCCCCCAAGCUCGGUGGUAGGGAACCUACGUCCAAUACAGCAGACCCUGUGGAGAGAAGACUGAGAAAAGACAACGCAGAGAUCGCCUUGUUGGACGGUAAAAGGAGCCUGAAUGUAAAUAUAUUCCUUAAGCAGUUCAGAAGCUCCAACGAAGAGAUAGUUCGUCUGAUAAGGGAGGGAGCACACGAAGAAAUAGGAGCUGAGAAGUUGAAGGGGCUCUUGAAGAUCCUGCCUGAGGUGGACGAACUGGACAUGUUGAGAUCUUUCAGUGGGGAAUUCCACAAGUUGGGGAAUGCGGAGAAGUUCUUAGUGCAAUUAAUUCAAUUAUCCAAUUAUAAAUUACGUAUAGAGAGCAUGCUACUGAAGGAGGAAUUCGCCUCCAACAUGAGUUAUCUACAGCCGAGUAUCAAUUCGAUGAAACUGGCCGCGCAAGACCUGAUGACCAAUAAGCCACUCCAAGAGGUACUCUACAUGAUACUGGUAGCUGGAAAUUUUCUCAACGCGGGAGGUUACGCUGGUGAUGCCGCUGGUGUUAAAUUGUCCUCAUUGCAGAAGAUUACGGAUAUCAGAGCCAACAGGCCGAACAUGAACCUAGUCCAUUUCGUGGCAUUGCAAGCAGAGAAAAGAAACAGGGAACUGAUCAGUUUCACCGAGAAUAUAGGCCUUCUUGAAGACGCUGCCAAAACUACAGUCGAACAGUUACACAACGAAAUAAACGCCCUAGAUAUAAGAAUAAAGAAAAUAAAGAAACAGAUAGAUAGCUUCAAUACCGAAAUAGAAAUAAGGCAUCAAAUGGUGGAUUUUCUAUUGUACGCGGAGCAAGAAGUGGAAAACGUACAAAGGGGGAUGAAAGAAUUGGAGAGCAUCAGGGUCAAACUCGGCGAAUUCUUCUGUGAGGAUCUCAACACGUUCAAACUGGAAGAAUGUUUCCGGAUAUUUCACGGUUUUUACUGCAAGUUCAAACAGGCCAUAACGGAGAACGAGAGGAGGAGAAUACAAGAGGAACAGGCCAUGGCCAGGAGGAAACAGAGGGAGGAACUAUUGGCCAUAAAAAGGAAACAAAUGGAGACUAUGGCUAACAGUGCAGAUAUAGAGACGCCAUUCAUCGAUCUUCAACUUUACGAGCCAAGAAGCGCUUCGAUGAAAAGGGGGAGAAAAUCACAGGCUAAUUCGGAAGAUGAGCAGUCUAUUACAGGUUCGCCGCUGUCUAGAAGGCGCUUAGGCUCUUUUAACGGUAAUGGGGAACAAUCGUACAACAGAGAAGAGAGGUCACCAGAUAUCACCCCAAACGGUAGUUUGAGAAGAAGAAGAAGUAGAGUUCUCUCGGAGGAAGACGAAGGUAACCUGAUGGACUUCCUCAGAUCUUCUGGUAACGACAGUAACCGGGAAAGAAAGUCUUGGGGAAGUUUAGAUCGCUCUUGGGCGAGGAAAAUAAGAGGCAGCGGUCCGAGGAAGCGACCAGCGCUACUGAACGCCGACUUUAGUUCGGACAGGGAGAGACCGUCAUCCCCCUCACCGUUAUCAGAGUAUAAGCCGAUAGUUUCCUCGGCGCCGGAAGAGGAAACGACCACCAAGAAACCGAAGGAAUGGCGACAAAAAAUCGAGUCUUGGCUGCAUUCCAACGACACUGAUCCAAAUGCUGACGACUCCAAGCGACAGGCUAGAAAAUUGACCAACAGGAGGAGCUUGGAGAUGGAUUCUGAAAGCGAAAGGAGUGGUACCUUGGACACUCUGCCGGAAGGUAAACAGGUCUACAGUGGAAGCCAGUCGUCGUACAGGAAAAUACACCCUGCCUGGAAACCCUCGGCCACCAUCGAGAACACAGAUGUGGUAGGCGCGAUUGAAGCUGUUGAAGAUUUACAACCGCAAAUCAAGGACAAGUCUGCUUGGCGAAAAUCGACGUUGAACGUGGCCAACAGCACCGAAGAAACCCCCGAAGAAAAGUCCCGUCAGAGGUACCAACCUAGAAACGUCGACUCGACCAGGAUUGCGGAAGAAGAGAAUGAUAGGAAGUCCCUCAUAACCCAGCUGGCGGCCAAGCCAGCGAACGACAAACUCACCCUGUACAUAAGACAACCGAGUGAGGAGAAACCAACGAAUUUAACGCACGUACCAAGGAGGAUUAGAGAUUCUCAGAGUAGCCUGGAUCAGAGCGUAAACAACAAGGUGGAUAUAGACCAGGACAACAUAGAGACACCUCCAGCCGUGAGGAAGAUUUUCGUACCAUCUCCAGUCGACAAACGAGAACCGGUACCGCCGUCACCAUGCAGCAGAAGGAUGUUGAAUAGGAACGACUGUGACGAAACUGAGGUGUUGGGAGACGGACAGUUCGAUCGUCACUCCGCGACAAGAAGGACCAGAAGAUUCAAACGCAGCACGGAUACCGCAGAAUCUUCUUCGCCACCAGAGCUCGCCGGCGAACCGCAGUUGACCAAAGAAUCUUCACCGAUUGACAUUCCGGUGUCGCGUCAAACGAUCGAAACUGUGGACGAGACAGCCGCCAGACUGAAAGCUUGGCAGGAUAAGCUGAGGAACCAAGAGGCCGAGAGUAGAUUGAAUAGAAGGAACAGAAACCAUACUGAGAUAAAGCCCGAAGACGUCAAGAAGGCCUUCCAAAUCGGCCACCAGACGAAGAAACAGAGUUUCACGACCAGUGGAAAGCCGCAGUCUAACAGGAUCGACAUGCGCAGGCAGAAGGAGCACGACAAUGACGAGGGGUUCGAGGAAACGCAAAGCCUGAUGUCCGAAUCACCAAGUCAGGGGGCGUCUUCAGACGUCCCAGAUACUACUAGGAUAGUCAUCGAAGACUUCACGAAAGAAAAGUUUGUUUUUUUCAGAAACCGUGAUUUCAACAAAUCGAUCAACGGUAAAGUGAGCAGGGAUGGUUCGAAGAAAGAGCGAGAGGUUAAACCAACGGUUAAGAAGAGCGUGGUGAUUCCAAAAGAACCCAGAAGGACGCCCGUUGGAGUGGUACCAAGGUUGAGGACUCCCUUAGACCGGAGUUCGUCAGUUCGGCAACACACACAAGAAGCCAAAAAGCCAGUAACUCCGGCCCGAUCGCUCAGUUUAAGAAAAACCGACUCACAGAACAGCGUGACCGCCAAGAAACCAGUUAGAGUGCAACGAUCAAACUCUCGGAACAGCAUCGUCAGUUCGAGAAGCUCCCUCAACAGCUCUGCCUCUACCAACACUGUCAAGAGGAAUCCAUUGAGGAGUGGUAUCUCCAAUGUUACCAACACGAAAAUAUCGACGAUCUCGAAAAGUUCAUCAGUCAGAUCGCCUCUAACUACGGGUAAUAAUAAAGUGCCUUUAAAAAGGGUGUCUUCCGUCAGUAGCUCCAGUGGUAGCUCAAGCAAACCUCCAAGACCACAGGGACAGUCUUUCAUGAAACCCACCACUUCUAGCGCUACCAAAAUAAACUCAAAUGUUACCCCAAAUAGGACAUCUGUUAAAUCGAGGAACUGAACCGAGAUGUAGAAAAUAGUAAUAAAGGUUAAUUGACGCAGCUUAAAAAAAGCCGCAUAACAAUUUAAAUUUGAAACGAUCGGCGGAAUUCAAUUUUUUUUCUUUAUGAAUUCCAUCGUUUAGUUUAAAGCGAAAACUUAGUUCAUUCCAUGUAAUUAAGUUUUAUCAAAUUCACGGAUCAACUUUUCUUGAUUCGAUUACGUGCAAUAUCAUAAAUAUCGAAUAAAAUCGAUGUUCAUAUCUGAACAUCAAAUGUCUUAAUUGACUUGAACCUGUAUUUUUAAACAACGAAAAAUCCAAGACUGUUUAUAAUACCUGAAAUAUUUAGCGUUCAGGUGCUAAAUAUGAUUAAAGGUUUUUUCCCAAUAACCUUACAAUCAAAUUCCGCAUUAAAUUUCAACCCUCACCCUGUUAAAAGUAUUCAUAAGCAAAUUAUUCAGUUAAACGAUUCGCUAUUCGAUCAAUUUUCAAAACCUUUUAGGGUAGGAAAGGUUUUUGAGGUUAGCUUUGCCCUCCAGCAAGUGCCUUCAAGAAACUCGAGUUUUCAGAGAAUGAAUAAAUAAAAAUCUAAAAAAUAAUUCAUUUUAAUGGUCAGGUCUCAAGAAUUAUUAAAAGUAAUGGUAUAAAAGAGAAGUCUUAAACUAGAGUCUACAGAAAAUAUUUCUAAAAGUUUUUUAAAAUCUUAAUUCUAAACAUUGUAUAUUUAUUUUUUAUUUUUCUCUUAAUGUAUAUCGUUACAUGCUAAAAUUUCUAAUUGUAAUCUCUUUCUCAGUCGAUAUUUCAGUAUUACGAGUAAGUUUAUCAGCUAAAAUAAAUUAAUCAAUGCUACUUAUUCAUCUGCACUUACAACUCACUUAAGAUAUAGGACAAUUAUUAUUAAAGAUCUUUUCUAUUUUUAUACAUAAUGAAAUAACUAAUUUAUACAUAUACAUUCAUUUGUUACCAAAUAUCCACCAGAAAUAGACAAUUCAAAUCA